AUGAGCGGCCCCGGAGGACCCGGAGCGUCCUCAGAAUCCAACCUGACCAACGGAAACAGUUCGUCUCACUGCACUCAGGUGGACACCUCGGCCCACGUCUUCUUCCUGCUGGUCUACACGCUGGUGUUUCUGGUGGGUCUGCUCCUCAACGGCUUCACGCUGAAGGUUUACUUCUGCCGUGCUCAGCAGCAGGCGUCCAGCAGCGUCACCGUCUACCUGAAGAACCUGGCGGCCGCGGACUUCCUGGUCAGCCUCUGUCUGCCGAUCCGCAUCACCAACUACGCCAGCGUCUCUGUCUCCGUCCGCCAGCUCUACUGCAACUACGGGGCCUCCGCCUUCUACCUGAACAUGUACGCCAGCAUCCUGUUCAUGGGCUACAUCGCAGCCAACAGGUAUCUGAAGAUCGUCCAUCCUUUAGGAACUCACGUCCUGCAGACAGUGCGAGCCGCCUACAUCAUCGCCACGGUAACCUGGGUUCUCCUGCUGGCCACGAUGAGCAUCUACGUGGCCCUGUCGCUCAGCACCCAGGAGCCGCUGACGUCCAUCUCCAACGCCGUGCAAUGCGACGUCCUGCACAGCAAGCAGCUCAGCAUCUUCUACAAAAUAGUCCACAGCGCCUCCGCCCUCGUCUUCCUGCUGGUCCUCGUCUCGCUGGUCUUCUUCUACUACAGCGUCUCCCGCAGGCUGGCGCUGGCGCAACAGAGGCAGCCGGCGUCCUCCGGGUCCAAGAAGCUCGCCAAGUCCCGCAGGAACAUGUUGGUUCUGGUCAGCGUCUUCUGCGUGUGCUUCGUCCCGUACCACCUGGUCCGCCUGCCCUACGCCUUCCUCAAGAGGCACUGCUGGUGGAGCCAGGCGUUCUUCUACCUGAAGGAGCUGACCAUCAUGGUGUCGGUGCUCAACGUCUGCCUGGACCCGCUCAUCUACUUCAUCUUCUGCAAGGCCUUCAGGGCCCAGCUGAGCCCGGGGCGGAUGUUCAGCACCACCGCCACGCAGGGAGCCAACACCGGGAGGAGGAGCAGCGACGGGCGGUUGAGCAUCGUCAGAAACAACAGGAAGACGUCGCUCACCACCUCCACCAGGCAGAUCGGCAUGCUGUAG